GCAGGCAGAGAGGUGCAUUCUUUCUUUCCAGGAUCCCAAUAACCAGCUGUGCUGUUUAUGACCCUCCAUGGCUUCUCCUGGUGGUUCGACGUGUCCGGCCUCACCUAGAAAGGAAAACUCAAAGCACAAACAGUUCCUAACAGGUGCCACAGGAGGAUUUUCUCUCUGCCACUGGAUGGACCAACCAGAUGCUGCCUGGAGGGUUUCACUUCACUGGAAGGACAGGAAUGGGAGCCUGAGCAGAUCCAAGCUGAACUUCAAUACUCAAUGUGUUCAAUGCUCACAACGAAUGGGUUGGUUCCAAUGGGCCCUAUGCCCCCACUAAAGAGCUUUGACAGCUCACAGCACUUGCCCAGAGCACUGCGGGUUGUUUCUCCUCUGCACUGUGGGGUCUCAGGGGUGGGAGCCUGCAGUUUUCUCUUCUAAGCUUACAAUGGAAGAGAACUGUGGGGGUAGAUGUAACUGUGAGCAAGUCACCAAGGAGAUUAUCAGACUCUUUGGUAGACCUUAUCACUGUGAAACCCUGCAAGACCAGAGGGUGAGUCAAGAGCAAGCAGUGUCUGUUUGCUUCUAAGGGUGGAAGCUCAGUCCCACAGCCCUUACCCUGCCUGCAUAUGGCCUGCCAGAACCCGGCCAGCUGCUCAGGCAGCCAAGAGAGCUAUGGUGCUGUCAGCUCUCCCUCCGCUCCCGAGUGCUUCAGCCAUCACAAGGAUGUUCCACCGCCUCCCUGAUCCUCCCCUGCAGGUCCCCUGGCUGCUGGACAUGGUGGUGUCCCGGGUGGCAGAGGUGGCCUCCCUGACACUCUCUGGCCGGGUCAUCGUCUUUCCUGAGUUUAAGUUGGAGUUUAUCCACAAACCACCUCCCAGGAAACCAUCCAAGGCAUCCAGGGAAGUGCCUGGUGAGGGCAAGAUGGAGAAAGAAGAGGGUUUGGGUGUGCCACCUCUUGGCCGGGACAAGAAAGGGCCAGGAAAGAUCCCUGAGCAGCCAUCCUUACAUGGCCGACGGAGCACUGCCCAUAGAGGAGGCACAGGUUCUUUUCCCAAAACAAGGGUGGAGCAGAAGAAGAGCUCUGUGCCCAGUCAAGUUCCAGCGCUCCCGGCGGUGUCUUCACCCAAAAAGAUGGCUGUGCCCAGCAAAACCCAGAGUGAAGGCACGACCAAAAGCACUGCACCACCCACGGGUCCAGCACGGGCAAUAAAACCCCACAGGUGCACAGAGGAACAAGGUGCGGUGAGGCCGGCACUGAGCAGCCAAGGUCAGCACAAGCUGACAGCACAAAGUAAAGCAGCAGAGCCAGGCCGCACUCGUGGAGUGGAACCUCAGAGCUGCCAGGAAGGAAGAGGAGCAGCAAAGCCGGUGCUGAGCAGCAAAAGUGAUGGGAAACACACAGCCAGAGCUCCAGCACAAGGCUUGGGUCGGGCUCAGGCUGCUGGAGCUCAGUGGGUCAGAAAACAAGCAGUGAAGCCAGCACUGAGCAGCCAGCUUCAGGGCAAAGUCAUCACCAAAGGGAAGGCUCCAGAAAUACGUCCAGCACAGCCUCAGAGUUUGAAAGAAGAAAGAGGGGUGGUGAGACCGGCACCAAUGAGUCAGUUUGUGGGCAAAUCCAUAGCCAAAGCUCCAGUACCAAAGGCAGGUGGAGCCCAGGCAGUGCAGUCUCAGAGCAUCAGAGAAGGACGAGGAGCAGAGAAAACCCUCAGUGAUGGCAGAGUGCCGGAGGCAAACAAGGCGGAGCUGAGUGGCCCUCAUGCAGCCCGGCCUCCAUGGAUAAUACCCAAGAUAGUGAUUGAAUCGCCAUCGAGCUCUGAGGGCAGCCUGCCUGGGAAGCCCGUCUACGACAGAUCCCUUUUGAUGCCACCACCACUCAGCUUCAAGCGCCAACAACGGUCCCGAGACAGGGCACAAAAGAGAAAACAAUCGGCCUUGUGAGCGUGGGGGUGCAUGGAAGGCUAUUGGAGCGAGAUGAACAGCAGGUGGAAGCAAGGCUGAGAACCAAGGGCAUCUCUAGAAGAGGAG